CUUCUUUUUUCCUUUCUUAUUAGGCUUCAAAUAUUCCUUUUGUUCCGCAUCAAAUUAUCUAUAUCCGCGUAUUUGAGAUGACCUGUUGCUGUAUGAUGGAAUGCAUCACUUAUCAUUAACAUCAACUUUUGUCACUUCUUUGUCCCAAUCUGUGUACUGGUUGCGUGUGUUAAGGCUUCUUCGUUUUUUAUUGAUGCAUAGUGAUCAAAUUUUAUGUGAUAUUUGUAUUUGUUUUUUGUUUUUAGCAUAGUGAUCAAUUUUUAUGUGUUCUUUGUAUAUUGUUUUUGACAUAUGUUUGAAUAUGCUCCUCUUAUUUUUACUUGAUGAUUAUAAUGUUUUUUGUCAAGCCAGGGUUGGAGACCAAAGAGGCAUGUGAACAAGCAUAUUUUAAGAUGGAUAAUGCUUUGAUUGAUGAUAGAAGGAUUCAUGUGGGUUUUAGCCAGAGUGUUGCAAAACUGUUGUCUCAGGACAGGCGCAAAGACAACCAACCAGGUAAAGCAGGGAGAGGUUGCUUCAAAUGUGGUUCUCCUGAUCAUAUGGCCAGGGAUUGCACUGGGGAUCCUGCCAAUAAGCAUCAUCCUUUAAAAAACAUACUAAAGGACGAUGAUAUGCAGCAUGGUGGAGAUAAUAAUUCAAGAUAUGAAAUGGUAUUUGACGGAGACACUCCAGAAAGUCCUAGGCCAGAAAAGAGAGGAACAGGCAUAGUGACAGAGAUAGGGGACAUGGAGAGGACAGACGAUGUCCUGAAAGUAAAGGAAGUCAAUAUUCUGAGGAGCGACUUGAUAGAGAAAAGCAUAUGGAUAGAAGAAAAGAAUGAAGAAAUGGAAGAAGAGACUAUGGAGAUUACAGAAAGAAAAAUUCAGAUAGUCAAAGAGGGUGGUAAUGACCAUAAAGAUGAUCAAGAUUACAGAAAGAGAAGUUCAGAUAGUCAUAGAGAUCAUGAUAGCCAUAAAAAGAGGGAUGAGCGAGACCAUAGACAUAGAAGUGCAGAAAGUGACAAUGAUCGUGAGUGUCAUCGAGACAGGAGUAAUCGAGAUGACAAAAGUAGUCGAGCUCUAAGAUGAUGCACGGUACUAUUUUGACUUCGGUUUUGUAGUUCUUGAUUCUAAAUAUUGUAGAACUUAGUUACAUUGUACAAUCCUCAACAGUAAUUUAACUUGCUUAUAUCGAUUACAUUGAGCCUCCUUUUCUGCCUGAAA